AUCUGUCAUUCUAUCUUCAUUUCCUAAGGUUGUGACUCACCUGGAAAAUACGCUAGGAGCCUCCGUUCAACACGUUAAACUGAAGCAAAUGAAGUAUUCUUUUCAGUUAUGGGUCACAAUGAUGUCAGCAAGAGCAUAUGAUGGGAAGGAACCUCUGAAAUUUGUGGAUCUGCUUAGUGACCGUGGGAAGCCUAUCAACCCUCUGUGGGAAUUGGUCAAAUGGUGCCUGGGCCUAUCAGUGCACACCAUCCCUGCCAUUGGACUGGCCUUAUUGGAAGAAAAACUCAAAUACAGCAGUGAGAAAUACAGAAAGUUUACAGCAGUGAAAGAAAGCCUGCAUAAAGAAUUGGUGGAGAUGCUCGGUGAUGAUGGUGUCUUCUUAUACCCCUCCCAUCCCACAGUGGCUCCCAAGCAUCAUGUUCCUCUGACAAGGCCUUUCAACUUUGCUUACACAGGUGUCUUCAAUGCCCUGGGUUUGCCUGUGACCCAGUGCCCCUUGGGUCUGAAUGCCAAAGGACUUCCUCUAGGGAUCCAGGUCGUGGCUGGACCCUUUAAUGACCACCUGACCCUGGCUGUGGCCCAGUACUUGGAGAAAAGUUUUGGGGGCUGGGUGUGUCCUGGAAAGUUGUAGUAUGGCCUUCUUGCGGGUUGUGAGUGUGUGUGUGUUCUAUAAGCUGGGUGACAUCAAGCACCAGCAAGCAGGUAAAGAAAACACAAUCGUAAAAUUAUCACUUGUUUAGUUAUUCUUUCCACUCUUCUUUCCUUCACUAACUGUUGGCUUUCAUAAAAUGGUAAUAUUUGAUUCCUGCCCUCAGUUUACUGGAGGAGAUAGGCAUGUAAAUGAAUGAGUGCAAUAAAGUUUCCUAUAUGCCGUG